AUGAAAUUUAAUCUAUAUUUAAGUAAAAAAGCAAGAAAUAUUACAGAAAUAAAAGGAAAUAUAACAUCGCAAGCACCUCUUGACGAUUCGUUAUCAAUAGACUAUAACCUUUCUUCUUGGAGUAUAACUAGAGGUUGGAAAUCAAAUUCUUAUGUCAACAGAAAUCCUAAAGCAUGUUCAACAAUGAAGUUUGUCCUAGGAAAUGCUUGGAAUUCAUUUCAAAAGGCUUUUAAAAUUCCAUCUGAAAACUGUCCUCUACCAUCGGUAAUGUUUACAUCAACAGGAUUAGAUAUAAAAUUUAUAGGAGACAAUAGAGCUCCCAAAGUUUACUUUUAUGGAAAAUACUAG